AUGAUCACGGAUACCAGGAGAGAUGCGCUGGACUUCACCCAUAGACUUCUCUACCUGUGCUUACUCCUGUGGGUCAGGCGCAUCAACGGGCUGGCGGACUUCUCAAACUACCUGUCCCGGAUCAUCAGCAGCCACUCGGCCCAGGCCUGUGACGGUCAGCCCCUGCGCCUCCACUGCCCCAGACACUCCACCAUCUCCAUCCAGUCGGCUUUCUACGGCAGCGGAGAGCCGCGCCUGUGCCAAAAACCUCACCCAGAACCUUCUCACUCACACCCAAACCACAGCUGCUCUGCUUUCACCGCUUUACAGAAGCUUCUGUCUGAGUGUCAAAGCCAUAGAGAUUGCCAACUUUCUGUGAACCACCUGCUGUUUGGAAAAGACCCAUGUCCUGGAACCACCAAAUACCUCCAUGUGGACUACAAGUGCAAACCAACUGAGCACAAAGGACACGUGGCUUGUGAUGGAGAGAGCCUGGUCCUGCGCUGCAAACCCCCAAAGCUGCUCAACGUCUACGCAGCUGUUUAUGGCCGAGGUCUGGGGCAGAGCCACACCUGCCCUGAAGACGACUCCCAUCCACCGCCGUUUGAAUGCCUGAAUCAUGAAGCUGUUCAUUUAGUCUCCAAGUCGUGCUACGGCAGACAGAAGUGCGCGGUUGUCGUCAGCAACCAGACCUUUAGGGACCCCUGCUUCCCGGGAACCAGGAAGUACCUCAGCGUGCUUUAUUCAUGCGUACCCCAGAGUUUACUGAGAGUGGCAGACCCCAGCAUAAUUAAACCCACCUUUCCCUCUGUGGACAGAAAAGAAGAUGAGGCCGAAGAUUCCCCAAAGGGCUCCCGGGGUCCAGAGGCUGUGGGAUCCGUGGUGAGCAACUCUCUGUCAGCCUACGUCUAUAUUACAGAGCACUCGGAGAUGGCCGCGCUGCUCUUCAUCUCCAGCGUCUGCGUGGGCCUCCUCCUCACGCUGUUGGCUCUCUCUGUUCGAGUCAGCUGCUGGUGUCACCGCAGAGCCAAACGGGGAAGACCCAUGAGGAGACAAGAGCGAGCGAGGGAGGAAGAGGACGAGACUGAGAUCUCUGUGGUCUCGGACGCAGAGGCCAAGAGGUUCCGCAGCCAAGACACUGAAGGACUCUCCCGUCGCACGGUUUUUAAGUCAGAAGUUGUCAGCACCAGGGCCCAGAUGUUCUUGAGUGGAAAAUGA